CACAAUCCCAAUUACAUAUUAUAAACCUCACAAUCUUCAGCAAGCACCAUGGCCAAAGUGCGCCCACCUCACACCAACCGCUUAAGAAUGAUGCUUCGCAAUAUGCCUAGAAAGGAAAUGUCGGCUGCUUUCAUUGCCUCUACUCUUUUGCUUCUCAUUUUCAUGAUGAGCUCCGGUACAGAGACAGACAUGAGCUUCAAGGAUGCCUCUCUCAGAUCCUUGAAGGCUAUCAGCACUACCACGACCAUUCCCAGCACCUGCAAUGCUGCCUUGAGUUCGGACUUUGCAUCCUCCUCCAUGGUGCCGAAAGUUUCCAAUGACAACGCCAGGAGACUGGCUCAAGGUGGCUACACGCUCAUUGCUCAGGGUUCUGGACCGGUCGAGCUGGUAGGACUCUUCUCUAUGGCCCUAUCCGAGAUUCAGCACUCCAGCAAUAUUUUUGGCUCUGUUGGAGAACUAGGAGUUCACCAUGGGCGGUUUACCAGUUGUCUCUUUAUUACAGCACGCGAAAAUGAGAAGCUUGUUAUCGCUGACAUUUUUGAACAGCAAAAUAAAAACGAAGAUAAAAGUGGCAACGGAGACAAGGCCAAAUUUAUGGAAGGAUUGGCGGUCUAUGGACUUGAAGAGAAAGAUCUUCACACGGUAUUCACCGGAAGCACCCUCGAGAUCCCCAUGAACUGGUCCCAAAAAAGAAACUUUGAGCCGUUUCGUUUGGUUUCCGUUGACGCAGGCCACACUGAGCUCCUGACGAAAAAUGAUAUUACCAUUGCCUCUUGCAAUCUUUUGAUAGGUGGCAUUAUAGUUCUUGAUGAUGUUCUCCAUCCACAUUGGCUUGGUGUCACCGAAGGAAUCUUCAACUAUUUCCAUGAAAUGAAGGGAAAUAGCCGCCAGCAGCUUUACCCCUUCUUGCUUUGCAAUGGCAAGUUAUUUUUGACCAACGAUCUCGCCAGUCACGGCAAAUAUUACAACUCGCUCAAGAACAACCCAGUCGUCAACAUGUUUCUUGCAACAGAUGCGACAAUGUGGGGGGGAAGUAGUAUGUUUCUCAUGAAUGAAGCGGAAUUUCUAUUCUGUCAUAGCCCCGAGUCUUUCAAUGCUCAUGACGUAUGGGCAAGUCUCGUGUAUUAACACGAGUGGAGCUUUAGUGGGUGCUGUGGCAUUUGUAAUGUAAUGGCGGCUUUUGGCAAUAACCAAUCGUGUAGCACGGAUCCUUUUCUUAUCAAUCUGUAUAAAGUACAGAAUAAUGAUAAGAACAUUAUCCCGGAGGC